AUGUUUUUCCGUACGUCAAAAUUAAAACUUGCCGUUUUCACUUGGGACAAGCUUGGUGGCGCAAAGUUGGGGGUUGAUUGUAGGGUUAACAACCCUACAUCAGAAAAAAAACAUGUUAAGAAACCACAAAAUAAGCCUCGGAAUUGGAUUAAUGGACAACGACCGGAACUGGAAAAUGGAAUAAAAAUUGGUACAUGGAAUCGAAAGAAUGGAAAACAUGAAAAUGGUGUGGGUUUUGUAGUGAGCGAUGAUACGCUACCACAAGUAAAAGAAUUCACGGCAGUAAAUGACCGAAUAUGCUAUAUCCGACUCUCAGGUCACAUUUUUGAUAGCAUUAUCGUAAACGCUUAUGCACCAACUGAAGAGAAAGAAGAAAAUAUUAAGAAUGAGUUUUACGAUGAACUAGGGCACAUACUUGACACAACACCAAAUAGCUGUAUAAAAAUAUUAAUAGGUGACUUUAACGCAAAAAUAGGAAAAGAAGAUAUAUAUAGACCAACGAUUGGACCGAAUAGCUUACAUGACGUAAGUAACGAUAAUGGAACCAGAUUGAUCAACCUAUGUAUAACGAACGGUUUUACCCUUAGUAGUACAUACUUUCCAAGGAAAGAUAUAUACAAACAAACUUGGAUGGCACCUAAUAGAAUAACUAAAAACCAAAUUGAUCACGUUUUGAUACAAAAUAAGCAUAAAGGAUGCAUAAAAAGUGUCAGGAGCUAUAGAGGUGCAGACGCCGACUCGGAUCAUUACCUGGUAAUUACAAAACUUAAAAUUAGACUAUCUGAAAGAUGGAAAAAGGUAAAAUAUGUAAAAUCCGUAAAAUACGAUAUAGAAAAACUGUCAGCAAAGAAGGUUUUAGAGGAAUACGUAUAUAAAACUCAACAAGAAUUACAAAAAUCCAACAGUAAUGCAGAUAAAGAUGGAGAACGGAUAUGGGACAGAAUCAAGACGGCGGUAGUCAAUAGUGCUAAUAAUUGCCUAGGAAUAAGAAAACGAGAAAAAAGAAAAGAAUGGUUUAAUGAUAGGUGUAAGGAAGCAAUAGACAGAAGAAACCGCAUACGAGAAAAAACUAUCAAGGACCCAAGUGACAUAAAUAUGGAAAGAUUUAAAAAUACUAAAAAAGAAACCAAUAAAGUACUAAGAUGUGAAAAAAGAUUAGCAGAAAAAAGAAAGAUUGAGGAAAUUGAAGAAAAUAAAAAUAACUCCAGAAGAUUCUUUAGCAAAACUGCCAACAUUAAACAGGGAUUUAAACCGCAGACUAGGAUCCUAAGGAAUGAACUAGGUGAGUUAGUAACAAAAGAAGAAUCUGUAGUAGAAGAAUUUAAAAAACAUUUCGAAAGAUUACUAAAUAAAACACCACCAAUACCAACACAUGAAGAUAUACCUAUGCAAUAUAGUACAGCGGAACCAUAUAUUAAGACUCCAACAAAACAGGAAAUCUAUAACAUCAUAAAAAAAACUUAA